AUGCAAUCGGUCAACUGCUUGGCUGCAGAAGACUCAAAUUUAAUGCAUCAGUUAAUGCGAAUGUACGAUGCAGAAUAUACAGACGCCCGGUUAUUAGAUCAAGGCAUUUCCGUAGACGACACAGAGGCUAUCGCUAUUGUAGAGUCCGGUACAAUGUCUGUCGGUGGGCACUUCGUGGUCCCUCUGUCAUGGAAGAAGGGUGUCAAUACCGAUAUGGGAAACUAUGCGUCAGCGCUCUCGAGGCUAAACAGCCUGGAGCGGCGCUUAAUUAAUGACGAGUCGCUACGGUUCCGCUACACACAAACGAUGAAGAUGACUAUAGAGAAGGGAAAUGCCGUGCCAGUCCCAGGGGAACAGUUACAAUGCGACUUUCAUCCGCGUUGGUACCUGCCUCAUCAUGCGCUAUUAAAACCAAAAUGCCGGAAAAGCUGCGUAUAG